AUGAAUGACGCUGAAUACAUUAUGCUAACAAAUUCAUUGCAUGGUUACGAGGUUCAAGUAGAAGCCGAGGGCCGAAGACGAGGCUUGGGACAACGAGUACUGAAAGUGUUAGAGAAACUGGCGCACUCUACACGUAUGCGCUGCGUUCGGCUGACGGCGCUAACACACAAUCCCUCCGCGGUGGCUUUCUUCAAAGCUUGCGGAUACAGCCUGGAUGAAACUAGCCCGCCUAAAGAAGAAGCGUCACACUAUGAGAUCCUAAGCAAGACGACAAUUCAAGAUGGCUCAGUUGGCGAUACGCCGCAAACAGUUGGAGACAAUUUGGAACAAAUGGUGAUAUCCUAG